ACCGCGUUGUUCUUGUUGUUGAUGCUUGCACGUUGACUUAAUUUAUUAUUUAAAUAACAAUCCUUAUCAGUCUUUCUUAUCAACGUUAAUCAGAAUUGUGAAUUGCGGGAGGGUCCGUAAUAUUUCAAUAAAUUACGUAACCUAAGUGACUAGUCAAAUAAGAUAAUCGCUCCAUACCGGCUUCCGCUCAGUCUAAAAGUUUUAAGUUACUUUGCGCUUCCACAAAAUGUUUAAGGGUUUAGUUGGUUUAGUCACGGGAGGAGCGUCAGGGCUGGGACGGGCGACUGUGGAGCAGCUGCUGAAGCAAGGAGGCCGCGUGGUGGUGUGUGACCUGCCCUCCAGCCAAGGGCAAGAGGUCGCUAAACAACUCGGAGAGAACGCUGCAUUUGUACCUGUCGAUGUUACCUCAGAACAAGACAUAAAGAAUGCGCUACAAACAACAUUGGACAAGUUUGGACGUCUUGAUGUUGCAGUCAAUUGUGCUGGUAUUGCCACAACGUCUAGGAUAUACAAUUUCAAAAAGAAUCAACCUUUCGACCUUAAAAUGUUCCAAAAAACCAUUGAGGUGAAUUUGAUAGGCACAUUCAAUGUUAUCAGACUAUCUGCUGGUUUAAUUGGAAAGAAUGCGGCAGAUGCAGACGGACAACGGGGCGUUAUCAUCAACACAGCUAGUAUUGCAGCAUUUGAUGGGCAGAUUGGUCAAGCAGCAUAUUCUGCGUCUAAAGCUGGAGUGGUUGGUAUGACUCUACCAGUCGCUAGAGAUCUGGCCAAACAAGGAAUUAGAGUUGUCACCAUUGCACCAGGUUUGUUCCGUACACCAAUGAUGGAACAGUUGCCCGAGCCUGCGAUCAAACAAUUGGAGUCAUCUGUACCAUUCCCAUCACGUCUUGGACACCCUCAAGAGUUCGGACUGCUCGUCCAAAGCAUCGUCCAAAACCCCAUGAUUAAUGGAGAGACGAUACGUCUCGACGGAUCCUUAAGAAUGCAGCCUUAAUGAAUGUCUUCUGAGUAAUCUGGGAAAUAAAAUGAGGUAAUGGAGCUAUUUUAUAAGUAGAUUGGUGGUUGAUUUUGUAUGUAGAUAUGUAAAUAAAUGGUUGAUUCGAA